AUGUCAUCAUCAUCUGCUCUGAGUCUCGAAGAAAAGGAACAAUUCCUUACCCAUGGCUGGGUCAAGAUCCCGGCCGCCUUCACCCAACAGAGGGCACAGGAGAUAAUCGCCAAUGUCUGGACGAGAUUGGGCAUGGAUCCAAACGACAAGUCCACCUGGAUCAAAGAACGUGUCAACAUGCCCUCCCAUGUCGACUUCGACGCUGCAGAGUUUGCUCCCCGCGCCUGGGCAGCCAUCAGCGAGCUGUGCGGCGGUGAGGACAAGAUUGCUGGCUGGUCCAAGAAGUGGAAGGAUUCCCUUAUCGUCAACCUUGGCACUCCUCAAGGAGAAGGAAAGCCAAAGCCUCCACAAAAGCUGGACAACUGGCACGUCGAUGGUGACUUCUUCGUCCACUACCUUGACAGCCCGGAGCAGGGUCUGCUCGUCAUCCCGCUCUUCACCGACAUCAUGCCCGAGGGCGGCGGUACCAUGAUCUGCCCGGAGGCCAUUCCUAUCCUCGCCAAGCACUUGUACGAGCAUCCCGAGGGUGUCUCUCCACGCAUGGCACCCCGCGGUGAUGCCGAGUUCAAGCAGGAGCAGCACCUCAAUUGGUUCAACAACGUGGCCAAGAGCUGCAGCCACUUUGUCGAGGCAACGGGCAAAGUUGGAGACGUUAGCCGCUACAAGCAGCCCUUCAACUUUGAUAGGGAGGACGGUAACUAUUCGCUCGUGGAACAGGUAACAUUGCGGGCCCUUGGAAAGGACCGUCUGGACGGCUGGAAGAUCACCAGGCCAAGAGAACAGAUCGUACCGGAGAGAGUCAGGAUCCAGGAGAGGAUGAAGCAGGAGGAGUUGGCGAGGUUGGAGGCGUUGAAGAAGGCGGCUGAGUCAGGAGCAUUACAGGGUUUACAGGUGGCGGCAUGA